CCUCCCUCGCCAGCGGCUGUCACUGCCUCCUUUGCAAGCCUGAAAAGGGAACCACAGCGCGGGUGAGUCGCCUUCUCUUCUCUCCCCCCCGAGCUUGCAAACUGCAGCUGCUCGGAGACUCCCGCUUUGCAGCCCGAGAGGAAACCAGAUUGCAGCCCGAGAGGCAUCCUGACCGACCCGGACCUCAGCCCCGCAUCCGGAUCGGCCCUGCGAGGAGGAGGAGGAGGAGGAUUCGACUCCUCGAUGUUCGCGUUCUUUGGCACUCGCCGGCGGCGCUUUGCAAGCGGCGGCCACCUUUCGGCUCCUCUCUCCCGGGCGCGCUGACGAAGGGGCCGCCCCCUCCAACCCCCGCCGCGGCUGGGCGAAGACGGAGGAAACUUUUGCGCCCGCUCAGGAGCUCGGGGUCUUUUGGAACGGGCGGAAGGCUCGCCGCAAAACCUUGAUUCUUAAUUUUUCCUUGCACGCCUUUUCGUGUUGUUGUUGCAAAGGGCGGAGAGCGGGCAUGCUGCGGCGGGAGGAAGGGGGCGCGGCUUGAGGCUCGCCCGCUCCUGACCUCGGCCUUCUCCUUGGGGGAUUCGAGACGACUCCCCCCCCCCCGGGCCCGGGGGUGAUCCGACCUCCCGUGGACCUCAGCCCCUCCCAAACCCCACGGUUGGCCUUGGCGCCGCAGGGCCGGGAGCUCAAAGUUAGCCGAGAAGCCGUGCUAGAGGGGGGGCUCCGGCGGGCCUCCUCCUCGAACCGCCGACGGGGGCAGGUCGAGAAAUGGGCAGCACAGCCAUGGACGCCAAGAAGAAAGAUGCUCCGGGCGGCGGCAAGAAGAACUCCGGCCAGAAGAAGCGCAUGCUGCGCGUCCACAUCCCGGAUCUUAGCUCCUUUGCAAUGCCAUUCCUGGAUGGAGAUGUGGACAGUGCAGAGAAGCAUGCCUCGCGGAAGGUGGAAGACUGCUACAGCACGGGCAGCCCUUCCAAGGGACUCUUCUCAAAGGGGCUCCAGAACCGCCCUUCCAGCCCCGCCUCGGCUCCUGUCAAAUCUAAGCACAGCCCGGGCUCGCCCAAAACGGUGUUCCCCUUCCCCUACCAGGAGUCCCCUCCGCGCACCCCCCGCCGGAUGAGCUUCAGUGGGAUCUUCCGGUCGUCCUCCAAAGACUCUUCCUCCCCCACCUCCAGCUCGUCUACCUCUCCUGGGGGCAUCAAGUUCUUCUCCAGGUCGAGAAAAACUUCGGGCCUCUCGUCUUCUCCGUCGACCCCAACCCAAGUGACCAAGCAGCCGACAUUUCCCCUCGAGUCCUAUAAGCAUGAACCCGAGAGGCUAGAAGCCCGGCUUCACUCGUCCUCGUCUCCCCCAGAUACGGGCCAGAGGUUCAGCCUACCCCCAGGACAGAGCGUGGCCAAGCCUCCCACUCCCGCACCCACCCUCUGCACUACCUCAAAAGCAGCAGCGUCUCCUCCGCCCCCGGCCGCCUCCGAAGGGAUGCUGGAGAAACUGGAGCUCGAGGAUGAAGCUGUUGGCGAAUCAGAAAGUGACAUUUACAUGCGAUUCAUGAGGUCACAUAAGUGUUACGACAUUGUUCCAACAAGCUCAAAGCUUGUCGUCUUUGACACUACGUUGCAGGUAAAGAAGGCCUUCUUUGCCCUGGUGGCAAAUGGUGUUCGAGCAGCUCCACUGUGGGAAAGUAAAAAACAAAGUUUUGUAGGAAUGUUAACUAUUACGGAUUUCAUUAAUAUACUGCAUAGAUACUAUAAGUCUCCAAUGGUACAAAUCUAUGAAUUAGAGGAGCACAAGAUUGAAACGUGGAGGGAGCUUUAUUUGCAAGAAACCUUUAAGCCUUUAGUGAAUAUUUCACCAGAUGCAAGCCUUUUUGAUGCUGUGUAUUCACUGAUCAAAAACAAAAUCCACAGAUUGCCAGUUAUUGACCCUGUGAGUGGAAAUGCACUUUAUAUACUUACCCAUAAAAGAAUCCUGAAGUUCCUCCAGCUUUUUGUGUCAGAAAUGCCAAAGCCUGCCUUUAUGAAGAAAAACCUGGAUGAGCUUGGGAUAGGAACGUACCACAACAUCGCCUUUAUACACCCAGACACUCCUAUUAUUAAAGCCUUGAAUAUAUUUGUAGAUAGAAGGAUAUCGGCUCUACCUGUUGUGGAUGAGUCAGCUUUCAAGUUCAUUAUGAAUCUUGCUGCUGAAAAAACAUAUAAUAACUUAGAUAUCACAGUGACGCAAGCUCUUCAACACCGCUCUCAGUAUUUUGAAGGUGUUGUCAAGUGCAGUAAGCUGGAAACGCUGGAGACCAUUGUGGACCGGAUAGUUAAAGCUGAGGUUCAUCGAUUGGUGGUAGUAAACGAAGCAGAUAGUAUUGUUGGUAUCAUCUCCCUCUCUGACAUCCUACAAGCAUUAGUGCUCACGCCAGCAGGUGCCAAACAAAAGGAGAAUGAAACGGAAUGAUUCCUGUGAACACAGAAACAUUUGUCGAGGGUCUUGAAUAAAGUUACUGGGUCAUAUUUGCCUCAAGAAUGCUGAUGGGCAGUAGAGAAGAGCAAAAUGGUGAUGAGAAUGUGUGUCUUGGGCCUGAGUGAUGGGUAACUAGUCUGCAAUUCCCCAGUGACCGUCGCAGAACAAGCUGCAUGACAACAACAACAACAAAAAGCUUAUGUAUUUUAAAAAAUGGCUUGCAUUUCAAAAUGUUUGCUGAAAGACUUCACAUGAUGUCCUUCAUCUAAAAUGCACUGUAUCCUGAAACAAUACCAUAUUUGCAUUUGGUAAAAGUCACUGGUCCACAACAGAUCUCUGACAUAAGGCAAGUGAAUGGCAUAUUCAUAUCAUAGUGCCUUAUGUCAAAAAGCCAACAAUAUGUCAUCACAGUUGCCCAUCACAGCAAGAGGAAGUAUUGUGCUAAACAAGACACUGAAUUUGAAUGUUCAAGUCGCUAAACCUAAAACCAAAUCAGUUUCAGUUAUCAUUAGAUUUGUCAUUAAAAAAACCUGUAAUUUGAAUAUCAGUAGAUUACUUUACAACUUCAAUGACAACUUGUGUGUUUUCAAAUGUUGCAUUAUGAACUGAGAUGGUUUAAACAAGACUGAUCUAAAACCAGCUUUAUUUAUUUUUAUUUUCUUGCAAUUUUUUACACAUCUUUUGGUGGAUAGCUAAAACUUCACCAUAUCCAUUAAUAAAACGUUGAUUGUUAUAUAA